AUGGCUUUGGAAGAUAUUUGUGGCUUCACAGACUCUGCUGGGCAUGGCAAGGGGUUUCCUGCGUCUCAUUUCGAAGAUACAGUCACGUCUUUUCACACGACUGACGAUUACAAUUUUGGAUUAAGGAGAGUAAAGAAAUCUGGGAGACGAGAUGGGACCCCACUGCAAUUCUUCAUCCCAACUGGACCAAAUUCUGCCUCUUACAAACACAAACCUUCAAUGGUGCACAGGCCUUUCCCUCUGUCUCAUGGAACAACAACCUUGGGUUUCAUCUUCCAAGGAGGGGUCAUUGCAGCUGCAGACACACGAGCCAGUGCCGGGGGCCUUGUUGCCUGUCCAGCUGUGCACAAGAUUACCCCUCUUCACUCCCAUUUAGUGGUCACCUCCUCUGGCAGCGGUGCAGACUGCAUGCUGUGGGAGCGAAUCCUGACCAGAGAGAUCAGACUGUACCAGCUGCGACACGGACGUUGCCUUUCAAUACGUGGCACUGCCAAGCUCCUCUCAUUCAUGCUGCACCCCUUUAAAGGGACUGAUGUGUGUGUGGCUCUGACACUCUGUGGCUGGGAUAUGGGAGCAGCAGGUAACACUGCAAAGAGCGGCCCACAGCUGGUAUAUGUGUGCAGCGAUGGAGCCCGGCUGCAGGGGGACGUCUUCUCUGUGGGCUCUGGUUCUCCUUAUGCCCUAGGAGUCCUGGAUGGAGAGCUGAGGUGGAGCCUGAGUAAAGACGAGGCUAUCUCCUUGGCAAGAGAAGCGGUGUUCAGAGCCACUCACAGGGACGCCUACUCGGGAAACAAUGUGGACCUCUUCCACAUCACAGCCCGAGGAUGGAGGCAGAGAAAGAGAGAGGAUCUGAAAGAGGAAUAUUAUAGAGACAUGGAGAGGAGGGCCAAGAUGGUGGAGGAGAGGAGAAGAGGGCUUGAAUAA